ACAGCCCCUCCUGGCGCAGCCUCUGAUUCUCUUUGCCUUUCUGCUUCCAGCUCUGGGGGUUUUCAGACAAGCGCAUCUCCUAAUCAGGUCACAUUUCAUCUAGGACCUACCAUCCAUCUCUUUCCCCAAUCACUUCAGUGGUGGAGGAGGAGGAGAGAAGACUUUUGACUGCAUUGUGGUGAGAGAGGGAAGGAAAUUAAGGCAAAGAAAAUUUAAAAAGCAAAACCAAAAAAUAAAACAAAGACUGACCAACCCCAAUCCAGAUCAAAGAUGAGCUCUGAGGGCUUUGGGCUGCGGCUGCUGCUGCUGCCCCUUCUGCUCAUCGCCACCCCUGCACCCGGCUCGGCGGAGGGAGAUUCUAAGGGGGUCAAGGAUGGCGAGACCCCUGGCAAUUUCAUGGAGGACGAGCAAUGGCUGUCGUCCAUCUCCCAGUACAGCGGCAAGAUCAAGCACUGGAACCGCUUCCGAGACGAGGUAGAGGAUGACUACAUCAAGAGCUGGGAGGACAAUCAGCAAGGAGAUGAAGCUCUGGACACCACCAAGGACCCCUGCCAGAAGGUGAAAUGCAGCCGACACAAGGUGUGCAUCGCUCAGGGCUACCAGAGAGCCAUGUGUAUCAGCCGGAAGAAGCUGGAGCACAGGAUCAAGCAGCCUGCCCUGAAGCUCCAUGAAAACAAAGAAGGCUUCUGUAAACCAUGUCACAUGACCCAGCUGGCCUCUGUCUGCGUCGAUGGACACACGUACAACUCUGUGUGUAAAAUGGAACAGCAGGCCUGCCUGAGCAGCAAGCAGCUGACAGUGAAAUGUGAGGGUCAGUGUCCUUGCCCCACGGAGCAGGCCCCAGCCUCCACCACAGACACGAAACAAGAAACCUGCACGGGGCAGGACCUGGCAGAUCUGGGGGACCGACUGCGGGACUGGUUUCAGCUCCUUCAUGAGAACUCCAAACAGAACGGCACCGCCAGCGUCGGAGCCAACCCUGCCGGCGGGCUGGACAAAAGCCUGGGGGCCAGCUGUAAGGACUCCAUCGGUUGGAUGUUUUCCAAACUGGACACGAGCAAUGACCUGUUCCUGGACCAGUCCGAGCUCGCGGCCAUCAAUCUGGACAAGUAUGAGAUCUGCAUCCGUCCCUUCUUCAACUCCUGUGACACCUACAAAGACGGCCGCGUCUCCACCGCUGAGUGGUGUUUCUGCUUCUGGAGAGAGAAACCCCCCUGCCUGGCUGAACUGGAGAGGAUUCAGAUCCAGGAGGCAGCUAAAAAGAAACCCGGCAUCUUCAUCCCCAGCUGUGAUGAGGAUGGCUACUACAGAAAGAUGCAAUGUGAUCAGGGCAGUGGUGACUGCUGGUGUGUGGACCAGAUGGGUCAAGAACUGACAGGAACCCGGCUACAUGGGAGCCCAGACUGUGAUGACAUCGUUGGGUUCUCCGGGGACUUUGGGAGUGGCGUUGGCUGGGAGGACGAGGAGGAGAAGGAGACGGAGGAGGCGGGUGAAGAAGCGGAGGAGGAGGAGGGCGAGGCGGGCGAGGCAGAUGAUGGAGGCUAUAUCUGGUAGAAGCCCAGUGAGGGAGGCCUGGGGGGAGGAGGAUGCUGGGGUACUGACAACUGGGAGGGUCCAAAAAAGCAGUGAACUGGGUAGAAACAGGGCAGCUUAGUGAGUUGAUCAGGAAAUCACAGUCGAAUGUAACUUGACUCCAGUGGGGAAGAAUGAAUGCAUGUGAGCAUGUAGUAUAUUUGUGGAGUGUGUGAUGGGGGUGUGUGUGUGUGUAUGUGUGUGUGUGUGUGUGUGUGUGUGUGUGUGAUGGGUGUGUUAAGUGAGCAUGUGCAUGACCUGCAGCUGUGGGCAGUGUCAUUGAAUGAGGCCCCUCCUGGCAAACCAAACCACCAAAAGUCACCUCCAGCCUUCACUCAUUUUUUUUAAUACUACAUUAAAAAUUGAUGAGAUGUGA